ACACACAUACACAUGCGUGCUCUGCUUACUGCGCAGUUUACGGAGCAGUUGAGUUAACAUGGGAAGUUAAUUGUGAAAUUCCGGCAGUAACAAAAAACAUUAUACCCAGUGCUUUCAUUUUCGAUGGGUUCAGGGUAUAUAAAUGGAAAACUACUACAGAAAAUUUUCGGUCAACUAUUGCUAUAAAAGCAGCUACUGUCCCGUGCUCGACAGCAGUUUGCGCCGAACAUUCGACAGCAGAACACAGCACAAUUUGAACAUGGAUUUCUACUAUAUGCCCGGUUCAGCGCCCUGUCGUUCAGUUAUAAUGACGGCAAAAGCUCUGGGAGUCGAGCUCAACAAGAUAAUACUGAACGUCUUGGAGGAGGAUCAACUGAAACCAGAAUUUCUGAAGAUCAAUCCACAGCACACGAUUCCUACGAUCGUGGACAAUGGCUUCGCACUGUGGGAGUCACGUGCCAUUAUGGUCUACCUGGUCCAGACAUACGGCAAAGACGAUUCACUCUUCCCCAAGGAUCCCAAGCAACAGGCGCUAGUUAAUCAGCGCCUUUACUUCGACAUAGGUGUGCUGUACAAGGCAUUCGCUGAUUAUUAUCGCCCAAUAUUCUUUCAAAACAAACCCGGAGAUCCGGAAGAUUUAAAAAAGAUCGAGGCUGCCGUUGGUUUGCUGAACACCUUCCUGGAGGGCCAACAGUAUGUGGCAGGCGACCAUUUGACCAUAGCUGAUAUUGCCAUUCUGGCCAAUAUUUCUACAUUAUUGGCCACCAAGUUUGAGAUCAAGAACUAUCCAAAUGUGGCCAAGUGGUACGCCAAUGCCGAAAAGGUAACACCCGGCUGGUCGGAAAAUUUGGAUGGCUUGGCCCAGAUGCAGGACUUUUUCGACUCUAAAAUGAAGGUAGUGCAAGCUUAA